AUGGGCACAGCAGGUGUGCAGACCUGGGACCUCAGCACAGGGAUGGUAGAAACCCCUCAUAAUGGGAACAGCAGGUGUACAGACCCAGGAAUUUAGCACAGGGAUGGUGGGAACUCCUCCUAAUGGGCAGAGCAGGUGUACAGACCCAGGAACUCAGCACAGGGAUGGUGGGAACUUCUCAUAAUGGGCGCAGCAGGUGUGCAGACCUGGAACCUCAGCACAGGGAUGGUGGGAACCCCUCAUAAUGGGCACAGCAGGUGUGCAGACCUGGAACCUCAGCACAGGGAUGGUGGGAACCCCUCAUAA